GUUGCUGAACGGGUGUCUGGACGUUCGUGGUGAAUUCUGCAGAGCAGUCAAAGGAUCUUCUUGGCUGUCUUGAUGCAUUUGAUCAUUCAGCUGGUAGUUGUACGGCCGUUGCCUGCUUGAGAGGCCAGGACUGCUGGACGUCUUCUUGCUGUUGGGGUAUUACAUGACAGUUGCAGGCACUGUAGUGUUGGAGCAAUUCUGCUGCUGCUCUUCCCUAAAUCACGUUCAGCCAGCUCGCUUUCCUACGCUGUGCCGGGGAUGGAUCUGAUUGCUUCAAUCACAGAUCACCAAGAUGGAGGCCAGCUGCCCUCGUCUCUUCAGCAGCACACCGCCUCGACUGCACAGCAAAACUGCAGUGAAUCCUCUUCGCCCCGCACACUGGUGAGAACGCCAGGCCGGGCGCCGCGACACCUGGUUUCCCGAAUCGCCGCGAUAGCCGCAUCGCCCUUGCACAGCAGCAGCAAGAAAGCAGAGCUGGCGAGAAGAAACACAGUUGAUGAAGACCGGACCAACACCACUAGCAGUAGUGUUACCGGAGAUAAGCCCCAGAGAGGGCUUGCGAGUAUGGACAACUCAGCUUCACACCACCAGGACGUCCUCAAUCAGCUCAGAAUGCACCUAGGAGCGGCUGAAGACUGUACAACCGCCAACAGUCCUGCAACACAGUUAGCAGACAGGUGUGCUGUGAACAUGGACACGCACAGCAUAAGCGAUCUGCUGCAAAAGGUUUACGCUCAAAUGGAAGGAAUGCACGCGAAGAUUGACCGCAUGGACAGUGCAAUCUCUCAGCUUUCCGCACGGUUCUCUCCGCCAUUGCAAAGCCACGCCGCCCAGAUGGACAGAAGCGUUGCCCCGAUGCUGCAAAGUGUAGCUAUGGUGGAUUUACCGCACAGCGCCACAGCAGUUCCAGCAGCACCUUGCUCAGUGCAACAAGCUGCACUGGCAGCAGCCAGCCCAGCAGCUGUGUCAGCGAUGACAGAUUCAGAAGCAAGAAGCCGGGCCAAAGGCAUUCUAUCUACGCCGCGGAAACGCAAGCGUUUCAUGCAGCUGGGAAUCACGGAUGUACGGCAGCAGAGGUCGUUCAGCUUUGCCAAGCAAAUCACGUCCAGAAUAGGCAGUCGAGUGAAGAAAGGAUCGGAAAACGAAUCCGAGCAGCAUAGUGCAGAUCUUGACACUCGUGACACUUACUCUCAGCCGGCAAAGCGUGUGCUCGGCCAGAAAACGUCCAUGGAGGCUCUGGGACUGGACCAUUCGCUGUUAGAAAACAGGAAGUCCAUAGACCAGGCGAAAGUUCUGCCAUCUACAUCGGCGGGCAGAAUUGCGGGUAUGUUGCCAAUUGGCGACCUGCAAAAGCCUCUACCCAGCCUGCCCCCUCCGCUGUCAGCAGCUGGACAGGCUAAUCGUAUAAUCCCAUGCAUGGUAGCAACAAACUCAGGUGAUAACCUGGCAGCUGCACCUCUGACGGUCACUACGAUGGAACAUGACAGUCAGCAAGAGCAUCUCGACCAUCAGCAAGAGCAGCAGACAUCGCAAACCGGCAUUCAGCCGGUGUGCAGCUUUGUCUCCGCCGUAUCCGAGCAGUCUCCCACCGGAGACGCUGACUACGCCAUCAUGUCGAGCUCGCUGACCAAGCGACCGUACGCGCUCUCUCACUCCAGCUUCGCGUCAGAUUGCUUCGGCGCCAGCACGGGCUGCGCCAGCACUGGUUGUGCCGAUCUGGAUGACAUGGGCGUGUCGAACGCAUCCUUGCGCAGUCCCUUCAUCCAGCUGGCACCCGCCGACGCCGAUCGUUCAGGCUGCAGUCCAGUGUACCAGCGCAUACAGUCACGCUGUGGUCAGGAAGUCUUGCCGUCCGACGGCAUUGGAGAGAGUAACAUCGACGCCGACAGCAAUGCUGUUGCCAGUGAGCCUCUAUCGCAGAUCCAGUCGCCCAACACCAACUCCGGUGACUAUGAUCGUGUCAGUAGGCAGUCUGUGUUCUCGGAGAUAGCAGCGGCGGUCCCUACUAAUGCCUACAGCUCACCAAGUAUCGACGAGUUGCCACCUCCGCCAGUCCUGUAUGCGUUGCCCAGUGGCCACGGCAGCGGGGACAAGGCGGCGAAAGAAAACUUCCGCAAGAUGUUCAUGGCCGUGUGUAACCGCGCGGUCAAAGAUAACACUAACCGGCAGACGGACGUGAUGCACAUCAUACGCAGUGCCCAGGACAUGGGCUUUCUGUCUGAUCCGGCAAAGGAGCCUGCGCCGCAGGGCAGCCUGUUCACAGAAGAUAUCAUCUAUGGCAACAACCCAUCUGAAUCUUCAUCAAUAAUGUGCGAGGAGACGUCCAACACAGAUUAUCCACCAAGAAAGAGGGUGAAGUCGACAGGCACGUAUCAACAUGUAGACCCUUAUGGGGCAAGUCGUGUCACAUCAGAACCACUACCUACAUCCUCCAGCGCUCAUAGUAGCGGUGAUGAUCUGCAAGGAGGAGGUGGAGUGGGAGGAGGAGGGCGCUGCGAGCCUAUCUUCAUAGACCAGGGCGGCAAGUACAUCAGCGCGGCGGGCUUGCAGCAGCGGCGCAGUCGCCGUCGCAACCGCCGGCCCCUGGACAGCAACGACAGCCGCAGGGGGUCGGCCGUCUCGCAAACGUCCGUGUUCUCGUCCUCGUCGGCGCCGUCGUUCCACGCGUACCGCCAGCAGCAGAUGGCCGCACAGCCACACCACGGGACAAGUAAGGCCUGGGCAGAAUUGAAGCAGCCGGCGCCCCGCGCACCACCGGGCAAGGAAAAUAGUCACCCUUCGCUUAGCACACGCUUCAGUGUGCAGGAGGGCAGAGCGCUUUCAUCCCACUUGUUUCCCAAUAAGCAUCCUAUACAGGAGCCAUUCGCCUUCUCCUUUUCACCGUCCAAGGCACCACCACCCUUCCGUCCACGUUCCAACACAACCAAUCUGUCGUUCCCCAAUGCCCAACACAAGCUCAAUUAGAUUGUUACAUGUUGUGGCCGAAAUUCAGCGAUCUGGAUUUUAGUGAAUGUUUGAGCGAAGAAACGGACCUAUUAAUUAUUACUGUCACGUCCUCAUAUCCACUGCACUGCAUGUAAAUACAGGUGCAUUGCGCUUGUACACACGCCCACACACACGCACACGCAUUUUCACCCGUGCCAUACUCAGAGAUAGUUAUUGACUCUUGUGCUGUGCAUCCACUGAUCCUUUUAGUGCUAUCAUGAAAUCCAGGCGUACUGCAAAGCUAUUCUGUCUGACCAUUGGCUGUGUUCUAGCGCUGGGUACUUCGAAAUAUUUUGUAUUUUUUUUAAACUUUUCGCUUCCUUGUAGACCUCUGUUAGGUCUUGAAGACAUUAUUUUUGUAGUGGAGAGAGCUGCUCGAAGACUGCCUUAUUGAUAUUCUGUCUUCUUCAAGUUAGUUGUAUUUUUGGCAUUUCCCUCCCAAUGCAGUUACCUAGGUACAUACAUGGCCUCCCAUAGAACGUUAGCUUUUCACAAUGCCAAACAUGCAUCAUUGCAUGCUUCUACUCUGCUAGCCGAGUUAUUUUCUCUACAAUAUCUGUCAGCUCACUGCAGCAGCUCAUGAACGGCACAGGAAGUGCUUCAGAAUCUUCGCUGUACGCACGGAUCUGAUGCUGAUAACAUGAUUUUCGCUGACUCGAUCGAUAGACUAA